AUGGCCAAAGGUUCCCUCAGAUUAAAACAUAUACCAGCCAAAAAGAAGUAUGAGUGGGCCAGCUCAGCCUUUGGGAAAAGAGGAGAAGGAAAAAGAAGGCCUAUUUUUGGUUACAUGGGAAAAAUCCUAAAGCAGAUGCACUCAGACUUCAGUGGGUGCUCCUGGGCUCUCCGGGCUCUCCAGGAGGUAGGUAGCCUGUCUUUCUACAACCACCAGCAGCGAGAUCCUUGA